AUGGAGCCACUCAAGAUUCCUACUCAGCCGGCUAAGAGACGCCGUAUCGGUGUUCUCACCUCCGGUGGAGAUGCCCCCGGUAUGAAUGGUGCCGUGCGGGCCGUUGUUCGCAUGGCAAUUCACUGCGAUUGUGAAGCCUACGCCAUCUUCGAAGGAUAUGAGGGUUUGGUGAAUGGUGGUAACUUGAUCCGCCAGUUGCACUGGGAGGAUGUCCGUGGAUGGUUAUCCCGCGGAGGUACUCUUAUUGGUUCUGCCCGCAGCAAGGGAUUCCGUGAGCGCGCUGGCCGUAUGAAGGCUGCGAAGAACAUGGUCCUCCGUGGUAUCGAUGCUUUGGUCGUCUGUGGUGGUGAUGGCAGUUUGACUGGUGCCGAUGUCUUCCGUGCAGAGUGGCCGAGCCUGUUGGAGGACCUCAUCGCUUCGGGCGAGCUGUCCGCAGAGCAGGUGGAACCAUACAAGGUGCUGAACAUCGUGGGACUCGUGGGUUCUAUUGACAAUGAUAUGUCCGGAACAGAUGCCACCAUCGGUUGCUAUUCAUCCCUCACCCGCAUCUGUGAUGCUGUCGACGACGUCUUCGAUACUGCGUUCUCCCACCAGCGUGGCUUCGUCAUUGAGGUCAUGGGCCGUCACUGUGGAUGGCUUGCCCUGAUGUCAGCUAUCAGUACCGGUGCUGAUUGGUUGUUCCUUCCCGAGAUGCCCCCCAAGGAAGGAUGGGAAGAUGAAAUGUGCUCUGUGAUCACCAAGAACCGUACCGAACGCGGCAAGCGCCGUACCAUUGUCAUCGUCGCCGAGGGAGCCCAGGAUCGCCAAUUGAACAAGGUUUCGAGCUCAAAGAUCAAGGAUAUUCUCACAGAUCGCUUGGAAUUGGACACCCGAGUCACUAUCCUGGGCCACACCCAACGAGGUGGCGCAGCAUGCGCCUACGACCGCUGGCUCUCCACCUUGCAGGGAGUGGAGGCCGUCCGUGCCGUGCUGGAAAUGUCACCUGAAUCACCCUCUCCGGUCAUCACUAUCCGCGAAAACAAGAUCAUGCGCACCCCGUUGAUGGAAGCAGUUCAAGCAACCAAGAACGUGGCCUCGAAGAUUGACAACAAAGAAUUUGACACUGCUAUGGAGAUGCGCGAUCCCGAGUUCAAGGAAUACUACAACGCCUAUCUGAACACGGCGAUUCCAGAGCACCCUAAGAUGACUCUUCCAGAGGGAAAGAGAAUGCGCAUUGCCAUUAUUCACGUUGGUGCCCCGGCCGGUGGUAUGAACCAAGCGACUCGUGCCGCUGUCGCAUACUCUUUGACCCGUGGCCACACCCCGCUGGCUAUUCACAACGGUUUUCCCGGACUGUGCCGCCACCACGACGACAAGCCGAUCAGCUCAGUGCGUGAGGUCACUUGGCUGGAAGCCGAUAGCUGGGUUAACGAGGGUGGUUCCGAUAUUGGAACUAACCGUAGCCUUCCAUCUGCUGACAUGGAAAACGUUGCUAAGUGCUUUGAGCUGUACAAGUUUGACGCCUUGUUUGUUGUUGGUGGCUUUGAGGCUUUCACAGCCGUCAGUGAGCUGCGCCAGGCUCGCGCGAAGUAUGACGCGUUCAAGAUCCCACUUAUUGUGCUCCCAGCUACUAUCUCCAACAACGUUCCCGGAACCGAGUACUCUCUAGGCAGCGACACCUGCCUGAACACCUUGAUUGACUUCUGUGAUGCCAUUCGUCAAUCUGCCUCUUCUUCUCGUCGUCGAGUGUUCGUCAUUGAGACCCAAGGUGGAAAGUCUGGAUACAUUGCAACUACGGCUGGUCUGGCCGUCGGUGCCGUGGCAGUCUACAUCCCAGAAGAGGGUGUGGAUAUCAAGAUGAUCUCGCGCGAUAUUGAUUUCCUCCGCGACAACUUCAUUCGCGACAAAGGAGCUAACCGUGCCGGCAAGAUCAUCCUACGCAACGAGUGUGCCUCAGGCACAUACACCACCCAAUUCAUCGCUGAUAUGAUCAAGGAGGAAGCCAAGGGUCGAUUCGAGUCUCGUGCGGCCGUUCCGGGACACUUCCAGCAAGGUGGAAAGCCAUCGCCUAUGGAUCGUGUGCGUGCCCUGCGUAUGGCCAUUAGGUGUAUGGAGCACAUCGAAGGAUACGUUGGCAAAAGCCGUGACGAUAUCGCUGCGGAUCCCUUGUCAUCCGCCGUGAUUGGUGUAAAGGGAUCCCAGGUGCUGUUCUCGCCUAUGGGAGGCGACUCCGGACUCGAGGCGACCGAAACUGAUUGGGCUCGCCGUCGUCCCAAGUCCGAGUUCUGGCUCGACUUGCAGAACGUUGUCAAUGUUCUGUCGGGCCGCUCCCAUGCUACUACUAAUGAGACCUGGUCUUGCUACGAGAAUCCUGCUACCUUCCGAUCCAUACCCUCGGUUCCCAGCUCCCCUUGA